CUGACGGUGAUUCCUAACGCGCAAGUGCGCAGCCUGCCCUCCAGUGGGCCUCUGUCGCUAUAGGGACCACGCACGCGCCUCAGAAUCUUGACUGGCAUUAAGGCCGUCCAAUCAGAAGCUCCGUGGCUCCCAGCUUGCGCUACCGCUGGGGGGUGGAGCAAGACGGCAUCAGCAGAGGCAGCGGAUAAACGUGCGUUCGAGAAACUGAAGUGAUUGGCGGAGAGCACUUCCGGUGAGCGGCUCGAACGUGACCUGAGCUUCGCUGGCGCCAAAAUGUCGUUCGUGGCGGGGGUGAUCCGCCGGCUAGACGAGACAGUGGUGAACCGCAUCGCGGCGGGAGAGGUUAUCCAGCGACCGGCUAAUGCCAUCAAGGAGAUGAUUGAGAACUGUUUAGAUGCGAAAUCUACAAGUAUUCAAGUGGUUGUGAAAGAGGGAGGCCUGAAAUUGAUUCAGAUCCAAGACAACGGCACUGGGAUCAGGAAGGAAGAUCUGGACAUUGUGUGUGAGAGGUUCACUACAAGUAAACUGCAGUCCUUUGAGGAUUUAGCCCGUAUUUCUACCUAUGGCUUCCGGGGCGAGGCUUUGGCCAGCAUCAGCCACGUGGCUCACGUUACUAUUACGACCAAAACAGCCGAUGGAAAAUGUGCGUUCAGGGCAAAUUACUCAGAUGGAAAGCUGAAGGCGCCUCCUAACCCGUGUGCGGGCAAUCAGGGGACCCAGAUCGUGGUGGAGGACCUUUUUUAUAACAUAGCCACGAGGAGGAAAGCGUUAAAAAAUCCAAGUGAAGAGUAUGGGAAGAUUUUGGAAGUUGUUGGCAGGUAUUCAAUACACAAUUCAGGCAUUAGUUUCUCAGUUAAAAAACACGGUGAGACGGCGGCUGACGUUAGAACGCUGUCCAACGCCACAACUGUGGACAACAUUCGCUCCAUCUUUGGAAAUGCUGUUAGUCGAGAGUUAAUAGAAGUUGGGUGCGAGGAUAAAACGCUAGCCUUCAAGAUGAGUGGCUACAUAUCCAAUGCAAACUACUCGGUGAAGAAGUGCAUCUUCUUACUCUUCAUCAACCAUCGUCUGGUUGAAUCAGCCUCCUUGAGAAAAGCCAUAGAAACGGUUUACGCGGCAUACCUGCCCAAAAACACACACCCAUUCCUGUACCUCAGUUUAGAAAUCAGCCCCCAGAACGUGGAUGUCAACGUGCACCCAACGAAGCAUGAGGUCCACUUCCUGCACGAGGACAGCAUCCUGGAGCGAGUACAGCAGCACAUCGAGAGCAAGCUUCUGGGCUCCAACUCCUCCAGGACAUACUUCACCCAGACUUUGCUGCCAGGACCUGCUGGCCCCUCUGGGGAGGUGGUUAAGUCCACAGUCAGUGGGGCCCCUUCUUCUGCUUCUGGAAGUGGAGACAAGGUCUACGCCCACCAGAUGGUUCGUACAGAUUCCCGGGAACAGAAACUCGAUGCCUUUCUGCAGCCUGUGAGCAAGGGUGUGUCCAGCCGGCCGCAGGCCCAAGUCCCAGAGGACAACACAGAUGGUUCUAGUGGCAGGGCCAGGCAGCAAGAUGAGGAGAUGCUCGAACUCCCAGCCCCUGCCCAAGUGGCUGCCGAGAACCAGGGAAUGGAAGAGGAAGCAACAAAGGAGCCUUCAGAAACAGAGAAGAGGGGGCCCACCCUGAGCCCAGGUGUUCCCAGGAAGAGGCCUCGGGGAGACUCUGAUGUGGAGAUGUUGGAAGACGAUUCUCAAAAGGAAAUGACAGCAGCCUGCACCCCGCGGCGAAGGAUUAUUAACCUCACCAGCGUUUUGAAUCUCCAGGAAGAAAUUAACGAGCGAGGGCAUGAGGCUCUCCGGGAGAUGCUGUAUAACCACUCCUUUGUGGGCUGUGUGAACCCUCAGUGGGCCCUGGCACAGUAUCAGACCAAGCUAUACCUGCUCAACACCACCAAGCUCAGUGAGGAACUGUUCUACCAGAUACUCAUUUAUGACUUCGCCAAUUUUGGUGUUCUGAGAUUAUCGGAGCCAGCACCACUCUUCGACCUCGCCAUGCUGGCUUUAGACAGUCCCGAGAGCGGCUGGACAGAGGAGGAUGGCCCCAAAGAAGGACUUGCCGAAUACAUUGUUGAGUUUCUGAAGAAGAAGGCUGAGAUGCUUACAGACUAUUUCUCUCUGGAAAUUGAUAAGGAAGGGAACCUGAUUGGAUUACCCCUUCUGAUUGACAACUAUGUGCCCCCUCUGGAGGGACUGCCUAUCUUCAUCCUUCGACUGGCCACUGAGGUGAAUUGGGAUGAAGAAAAGGAGUGUUUCGAAAGCCUCAGUAAAGAAUGUGCGCUGUUUUACUCCAUCCGGCAGCAGUAUGUAUGUGAGGGGUCCACCCUCUCCGGCCAGCAGAGUGAAGUGCCUGGCUCUGCUGCAAAGCCCUGGAAGUGGACUGUGGAGCACGUCGUCUAUAAAGCCUUCCGCUCACACCUCCUGCCUCCUAAACAUUUCACAGAAGAUGGGAAUAUCCUGCAGCUUGCUAACCUGCCUGAUCUAUACAGAGUCUUUGAGAGGUGCUAAAAGGGGUGACUUACGGCCUGUGGAGUGUCGGGGGCUCUUUUGUUUCCGACACUGGUAGGACUUAAGGUUGAAGACUCAAGUUUGCUGUCUUACUAGUUACACACCUUCACCCAUGGUGGAUUGUAAAUAAAUUCUCAAAUGUGUCCUAAUAUGUUUCGUAGAUACUUGAUUUCAUUACACCUGAAAGUUUUUCUAGGCUGAUUUUCACCUAAUGUGCACUUUAUUGAAGAAUCCUAAGAACAGCUGGAAAUCCCCCCAGGCGCCUAACAAGGUGUUGUGCAACUACUUUAAGAAUUCUACAAAGGCCGUGAAGAUGUCCUGGAUCCUGUCCUGAUUCCGUUGCCUCGGUUGGUGAUUUUGUGAUACCAGGUGGUAAUGGUUUAUCAUGUAAGUUCAGGUGCAUAGACAAUCGAGAAACUUGGGUUUAUAAUCAGUAACUCCAGUAACCAAAGCUAAUUAAUUAGCUCAUUCUUAAUGGAAAAAAAAAAAAGAUUUCUAUUUUUAAUGUAAGAAAAUAGUCCUUACCCAGUCUGUAAUUGGCUGUGAGAUUUUAAAGUUAAUGUAAAUUUUAAAGUAAAGUUGUUAAUGGCUAUGAAUACUACCGGCUUAAGAUGAAGAAGUUUCUAGGUGAUCUCCUCUGAAGUAUGACAUAAGACGCAAACCAACUGUGUCAGGAUAAGCUACCUUAACAAUAGCCUGCGUUAACAGAAAUAUGGCGUUAGCACAGGGGAGGAAUAAGCCUGUGGAAUUAAUAGAUUCAAUGAAGAAAGCUCGUUAGAAAAGAAUAGAAAACUCUUAAGCUAUAAAGAAGUGAGGCCACGUCACUUAGAAACGUGUCCCUGUGGAAGAGACGUGUUUGUUGUGCCACAGAAGGGUAAGACCAGGUUCUAACAGAAGUGACAGAAAGUAGAACAGGGUGUCUCAGAAGUGACAGUCCACGAGCCUGGAAGGCUGCAGGCUGAGUGACCGUGGGUGGGGAGGAGAAAGAGGAGCUUCCAGGGCCUCAAGAGCUGAACCACGCAGUGUGUUGGAUCCAGGUGUGGGAUUCUAGGAUAAAUCUGCUUUUCAGAGUAUUCCCCUCACAUCCACCCACCCAACUGUUGCUACUUCUAGAAAGAAAACUUACAGGAAGUCAUCUCAGUUCAGAAGACAGGUCUCCAUAUUUUAAAAAGAAAGGCCUAACUGAAUGAAGGGAAAAAUUAUUAGAGAUUUUAUUCACUUUUGAGUUAACUUUAUUGUUUAGUUUCAAGUCUAGUUUAUCUUACGUGGCCUUGAGUCAUCCUAUUUUCCCCAGUAUUUUCUCUGUGUAGACACUUUAAAGGAUACAGUGAUCAUUUCCCUAAAGCCGUCUUGAUUCUGAGUACAGAAGAGAAUCUGAAAUCCUGAAGGGUGGCUGCACUCAAUGACAAAACCACUUGAAUUGGGUCCCUUGAAAGAAAGACAGAACUGAAGUUCUUAGAGAGAAAACCCUCUAUAUACCACAUGGUCGAUCUUUGAGAACAGGGAGAGGGAGCGAUGUGGCUCCA